UGGGCUGCCCAGCACGGCGCCCGCAGGACCCCGGCGGCUACCCAUGCUGAGGUGAGUCCGCGGGAGCCGCCGCCGCCGCCGCUGUCCCGUCCCGCUGCCGCCCCGCGCGGCCCCGCCGCCGGCCAGGAUGCUGGAGGAAGCGGGCGAGGUGCUGGAGAACAUGCUGAAGGCGUCGUGCCUGCCGCUUGGCUUCAUCGUCUUCCUGCCCGCGGUGCUGCUGCUGGUGGCCCCGCCGCUGCCCGCCGCCGACGCGGCUCACGAGUUCACCGUCUACCGCAUGCAGCAGUACGACCUGCAGGGGCAACCCUACGGCACACGGAACGCCGUGCUCAACACUGAGGCACGCACCAUGGACGCCGACGUGCUGAGCCGCCGCUGCGUGCUCAUGCGGCUGCUGGACUUCUCCUACGAGCAGUACCAGAAGGCCCUGCGGCAGUCGGCGGGCGCCGUGGUCAUCAUCCUCCCGCGGGCCGUGGCCACGGUGCCCCAGGACGUCAUCCGGCAAUUCAUGGAGACCGAGCCCGAGAUGCUGGCCAUGGAGACCGUCGUGCCUGUGUACUUCGCCGUGGAGGACGAGGCCCUGCUUUCCAUCUACGAGCAGACGCAGGCGGCGUCUGCCUCCCAGGGCUCCGCGUCUGCCGCUGAAGUCCUGCUUCACACCGCCACUGCCAACGGCUUCCAGAUGGUCACCAGCGGGGCCCAGAGCAAGGCUGUGAGCGACUGGCUCAUCACCAGUGUGGAGGGGCGGCUGACGGGGCUGGGCGGAGAGGACCUUCCCACCAUCGUCAUCGUGGCCCACUACGACGCCUUCGGAGUGGCCCCCUGGCUGUCUCACGGAGCAGACUCCAACGGGAGCGGCACCUCUGUGCUGCUGGAGCUCGCACGCCUCUUCUCCAGGCUCUACACAUACAAGCGCACCCACGCCGCGUACAACCUUCUGUUCUUUGCCUCUGGAGGUGGCAAGUUUAACUACCAGGGAACCAAGCGCUGGCUGGAGGACAACCUGGACCACACAGAUUCCAGCCUGCUCCAGGACAACGUGGCCUUCGUGCUCUGCCUGGACACCGUGGGCCGGGGGGACAGCCUGCACCUGCACGUGUCCAAGCCGCCCCGCGAGGGGACACUGCAGCAUGCCUUCCUGCGGGAGCUGGAGACGGUGGCCGCCCACCAGUUCCCGGAGAUGAGGUUCUCCAUGGUGCACAAGAAGGUCAACCUGGCCGAGGACACGCUGGCCUGGGAGCACGAACGUUUCGCCAUCCGCCGGCUGCCUGCCUUCACCCUGUCCCACCUGCAGAGCCACCGGGCCGGCCAGCGCAGCAGCAUCAUGGACGUGCGGUCCCGGGUGGACUCUAAAAUCCUGACGCGCAACACGCGGCUCAUCGCAGAGGCCCUGACCCGCGUCAUCUACAACCUGACAGAGAAGGGGACCCCACCAGACAUGCCGGUGUUCACGGAACAGAUGGUCCAGCAGGAGCAGCUGGCCUCGGUGAUGGACUGGCUCACCCAGCAUCCCCGGGCCGCCCAGCUGGUGGACAAGGACGGCCCCUUCCUCAGCACGCUGGGGUCCUACCUCAGCCGCUACCUGAAGGAGGUUAAGCAUCACCACAUCAAGGCCGACAAACGGGACCCCGAGUUUGUCUUCUACGACCAGCUGAAGCAGGUGAUGAACGCCUACAGGGUCAAGCCGGCCAUUUUUGACCUGCUCCUGGCGGUCUGCAUCGGUGCCUACCUCGGGAUGGCCUACACGGCAGUCCAGCACUUCGACCUCCUGUAUAGAACAGUCCAGAGGCUGCUCUUGAAGGCCAAGACGCAGUGACAAGGCCCAGCCGGGGCCGCGGGGCGCCUUCCACCUGCCCUGCUCCCCGGCCAGCAGGGCCUCGCCCCGCACCUGCCCGGCAGCUGAACUCUGAAUUACAGAGCUGCUCUGUGUUGCUCUUGA